ACGUGGGUUAAAAAAACUUUGAUCUGUGAAACAACAGCGCAUUUAUAGACAUCGUGAAAAUACCCCCUUGAGUUUUCUUUUCUUAAUACCUCUUCUCACCUUAAUCUCCACUCAGCAUACUUUUCACGAUGGCUUCCAGAGGGUUUUCCAAGGCUCUUCGUAGCCAAUUGGCCCGUCGAGUGGCUUCGCCCGCCGUCCAGCAGCGAUCUUUCGUUGCUGCCUCCAACAUCGCCAGGGCUACUGUCAAGGCUCGCCCUGCUUUGGCUGGUGCUGUUCAGCAGCAGGUUCGCGGUGUCAAGACCAUUGACUUCGCUGGAACCCCGGAGGAGGUUUAUGAGCGUGCCGACUGGCCCAAGGAGAAGCUCUUGGACUACUUCAAGAACGACACCCUCGCCCUCAUCGGCUACGGUUCUCAGGGUCACGGUCAGGGCCUUAACCUCCGUGACAACGGCCUGAACGUCAUCAUUGGUGUCAGGAAGAACGGCCAAUCGUGGAAGGAUGCUGAGCAGGAUGGCUGGGUUCCCGGCAAGAACCUCUUCGAGGUCGACGAGGCUAUCUCCAAGGGUACCAUCAUCAUGAACCUUCUCAGUGAUGCUGCCCAGAGCGAGACCUGGCCCGCCAUCAAGCCCCAGCUUACCAAGGGAAAGACCCUGUACUUCUCCCACGGUUUCUCUCCCGUCUUCAAGGAUAUCACCAAGGUCGAUGUCCCCAAGGAUAUUGACGUCAUCCUUGUUGCCCCUAAGGGCUCUGGCCGAACCGUUCGAUCUCUCUUCCGCGAGGGCCGUGGUAUCAACUCCUCCUACGCCGUCUACCAGGAUGUCACUGGUAAGGCCGAGGAGAAGGCCCAGGCCCUCGGUGUUGCCGUCGGCAGUGGUUACCUCUACAAGACCACCUUCGAAAAGGAGGUGUACUCCGACCUGUACGGUGAGCGUGGCUGCCUGAUGGGUGGUAUCCACGGUAUGUUCCUGGCUCAAUACGAGGUUCUCCGGGAGCGUGGCCACAGCCCCAGCGAGGCCUUCAACGAGACCGUCGAGGAGGCUACCCAGAGCUUAUACCCCCUGAUUGGUGCCAACGGCAUGGACUGGAUGUACGAGGCUUGCUCUACUACCGCUCGACGAGGUGCCAUUGACUGGACCCCCCGAUUCAAGGACGCCCUGAAGCCCGUCUUCAACCAGCUGUACGACUCCGUUCGAGAUGGUACCGAGACCAAGCGAUCGCUCGAGUACAACGGCCAGAAGGAUUACCGACAGAAGUUCGAGGCUGAGAUGGAUGAGAUCCGCAACAUGGAGAUCUGGAAGGCCGGAAAGGCUGUGAGAUCUCUCCGACCCGAAAACCAAAAAUAAGUGCAUUUGGCGUUAAAUUCAGAGCAGGUAUCGGACGGUAAAAUUAAAAAGGUGGUAGCAUAUUCCCCCGGGGGCAAAGGGAGAGAGAGGGAGAAAGAGAGCAUUUGUACUUAUAUUUGGGAUUUUCCCCAACAUUGUCUCGCGAAGAUCUGCGGAUAUUUCCCCCCCAAAAAACUGUUCCUAGUCGGAUCAUCAAUGAAGCUUUUUUGAAAUCAGUUGCCAUCCAUCGGACUGUUUUUACUCCUUGCGGAUCCUCUCGAGUGGUUUCUUCUCCGUUAUCGGACCCUCAAUAACAAAUCGUAGAUUUUUGACUGGAUGAAGUCUCGCGGCUUGGCCAGCCUUAGGCAUUCACUUAGUCGUUUCCA